UGUCCCAGCAGCCCGGAGUCCGGGGGGCGUGAGGACAGGGUUAUUUUCUUACCCACUUGAAAGCGUCUGUUGGAUCCCGUGUCCUUCCCUCGCUCUUUCCCUUCCUCCGCCCGGCGCACUUUGCUCUGUUCCUGCUGGCGAUGCUUGUGGUUUUACUGUCUGGGAUAGUUGUGCCAGGUGGAUGUGGAGAGAGAAGUUUGCAGAACUGAAAUGGAGGUCAGAGCUUCAUUACAGAAGGUUAGCGGGUCAUCUGAUUCUGUGGCCACACUGAACAGUGAAGAAUUUGUUUUGGUUCCUCAGCACGCAGAUGACACUUCUACAAAGGAUGAUGGGAAGCCACAGCUGAAGAUAGCUUCCAAUGGUGAUGAACAGUUGGAAAAAGCCAUGGAAGAGAUUUUGAGAGAUUCAGAGAAAGGACAAAGCAGUCUACUUGUUGAUUGCCAAGGAUCCAGUGAGGUUUCAGACUAUUCCUUCGGAGAUGUUCCAGCCAGCCAAACAAAUAAGCCACCUCUUCAGUUAAUUUUGGAUCCUUCUAAUACAGAAAUUUCCACACCCAGACCGUCUUCUCCAAGCAGAUCUCCUGAAGAAGACAGUGUUCUCUUUAACAAAUUGACCUACUUAGGGUCCAUGAAGGUCUCCUCCCCACGUAGCGAGGUGGAAGCACUACGGGCAAUGGCAACCAUGAGAUCUUCCAGUCAGUACCCCUUUGCUGUUACUCUGUAUGUGCCUAAUGUUCCAGAAGGUUCUGUGAGAAUCAUAGACCAGUCAAGCAACGUGGAGAUAGCAUCUUUUCCAAUUUAUAAAGUGCUGUUCUGUGCACGUGGGCAUGAUGGGACAACAGAAAGCAAUUGCUUUGCAUUUACAGAGAGUUCUCAUGGCUCAGAAGAAUUUCAGAUACAUGUUUUCACCUGUGAAAUUAAAGAGGCAGUAAGCAGAAUUUUAUAUAGUUUCUGUACUGCAUUCAAACGUUCUGCCAGACAGGUGUCUGAUGUUAAAGAUUCAGUCAUCCCGACCCCGGACAGUGAUGUGUUUACCUUCAGUGUCUCUUUGGAGGUAAAAGAAGAUGAUGGAAAAGGAAACUUUAGUCCUGUGCCUAAGGAUAGAGAUAAAUUUUAUUUCAAAAUAAAGCAAGGAAUAGAGAAGAAGGUUGUGAUUACAGUUCAGCAACUUUCUAACAAAGAAUUAGCUAUUGAGAGAUGUUUUGGAAUGUUAUUAAGCCCAGGUCGAAACGUGAAGAACAGUGACAUGCAUUUACUGGAUAUGGAAUCCAUGGGAAAGAGUUACGAUGGCAGAGCUUAUGUCAUCACAGGCAUGUGGAACCCUAAUGCACCAAUAUUUCUGGCACUUAAUGAAGAAACCCCAAAAGAUAAAAGGGUAUACAUGACUGUGGCAGUGGACAUGGUAGUCACUGAGGUGGUGGAGCCAGUCCGCUUUCUCCUGGAGACAGUAGUUCGUGUGUACCCUGCAAAUGAAAGGUUUUGGUAUUUCAGCAGGAAGACAUUUACAGAGACUUUCUUCAUGAGGUUGAAACAGUCUGAGGGGAAAGGCCAUAGCAGCGCUGGGGAUGCAAUAUAUGAAGUGGUGAGUCUGCAGAGAGAGUCUGACAAGGAGCAGCCGGCCACACCGACUAGCGGAGGGGGGCCACAGUCACCUCAGGAGGACGAUGCAGAAGGAGAGAGUGACAACGAACUCUCAAGUGGAACAGGUGAUGUGUCUAAAGACUGUCCUGAGAAGAUCCUCUAUUCUUGGGGAGAAUUGUUAGGAAGAUGGCACAAUAACCUUGGUGCCCGACCUAAAGGACUACCCACUUUGGUGAAGAGUGGUGUUCCUGAGGCAUUAAGGGCAGAAGUGUGGCAGCUAUUAGCCGAAUGCCAUGACAACCAGGCAAUGCUGGAUAGAUACCGAAUUCUUAUCACAAAGGACUCUUCACAGGAGAGCGUGAUUACUCGAGAUAUUCAUCGCACAUUUCCUGCACACGAUUACUUCAAAGACACUGGAGGAGACGGCCAGGAAUCUCUCUACAAGAUCUGCAAGGCCUACUCUGUGUAUGAUGAAGACAUCGGGUACUGUCAAGGGCAGUCCUUUCUUGCUGCUGUAUUGCUGUUGCAUAUGCCGGAGGAGCAAGCAUUCUGUGUUUUGGUGAAGAUCAUGUAUAAGUACGGAUUACGAGACCUAUACAAAAGCAAUUUUGAAGAUCUUCAUUGCAAAUUCUAUCAACUUGAGAAGCUAAUGCAGGAACAGCUGCCAGACUUGUACAACCAUUUUUGUGAUCUGAACCUGGAAGCUCAUAUGUAUGCAUCCCAGUGGUUCCUCACUCUGUUUACUGCCAAGUUUCCACUCUGCAUGGUCUUCCAUAUCAUUGACCUUCUGCUAUGUGAGGGUUUGAACAUAAUCUUUCAUGUAGCUUUGGCUCUCCUAAAGACCUCAAAGGAAGACCUCCUCCAGGCUGAUUUUGAAGGUGCUUUGAAGUUCUUCAGAGUUCAGCUUCCAAAGAGAUACCGGGCAGAGGAGAAUGCAAGAAGAUUGAUGGAGCAGGCCUGCAAUAUUAAAGUUCCAACCAAAAAGCUGAAGAAAUAUGAGAAAGAAUAUCAGGCAAUGCGAGAGAAUCAGCUGCAGCAGGAGGACCCAAUGGACAGAUACAAGAGGGAGAACCGGAGGUUACAGGAGGCCAGCAUGAGGUUGGAACAAGAGAAUGAUGACCUUGCCCACGAACUAGUGACAAGCAAAAUUGCUCUACGGAAUGACCUGGAUCAGGCAGAAGACAAAGCUGAUGUGCUGAACAAGGAGCUCCUCCUGACCAAGCAGAGGUUGGUGGAAACUGAGGAAGAGAAGAGGAAGCAAGAGGAGGAGACCGCCCAGCUAAAAGAAGUCUUCAGGAAACAACUAGAAAAGGCAGAAUAUGAGAUAAAGAAGACUACAGCUAUCAUUGCUGAGUAUAAACAGAUCUGUUCUCAGUUAAGUACCAGACUGGAGAAACAGCAAGCAGCCAGCAAGGAGGAGCUUGAAGCAGUAAAGGGUAAGAUGAUGGCAUGCAAACACUGCAGUGACAUCUUCAGCAAGGAAGGAGCCUUAAAGCCAGUGGCCGUCACCAGAGAGGUCCAGGGCAUGGGAGCCGAGGAUGAGAAGGACUCGCUGAAGAAGCAGCUGCGGGAGCUGGAGCUGGAACUGGCACAGACUAAACUGCAGCUGGUGGAAGCCAAGUGCAAAAUUCAGGAACUUGAGCAUCAGAGAGGAACGCUUAUGAAUGAAAUACAAGCUGCAAAAAACUCUUGGUUUAGCAAAACCCUGAACUCUAUCAAAACAGCUGCAGGCACCCAGCCCCUGCAGCCAGCACAGGCGCCUCAGCCGCCCAAGGAGAGCACAUAGCUCCAGCCUCUGCCAAGCACAAGAGCACAAUAAUCAAACGACGGAAACCAAGAACUUUCCUGUUGUCCCUUUGAAAGAAAGCAAAGGAAACCAGAAAGCAAGAUAGAAUCUCUCAGUAGCUCUAUCUCUUGUGUAUGACAUGUUUCAAAGGGAUGUUAUUUAAACUGGCCUGAUUUAUGUUGAAUAUCUAUUUCCCAGCUUCUUCAUGGAAAGCCACAUUCAGAUUCAUCAUAGUGUUACACAUUGUUUUAUAUGCCUGAAAUUUAGUUGGAAAUGAGUAAUCUAGAACUGAACUAAAUGCUUUUGUUUAGAAUUAACAACUUCAUAAUAUUUUGAUCUUACAUAAAAAUGGAGACAUGUUAAUCCAAAGUUAAAAUGAUAAGACCUUUGUGACAGAAUUCUCUUUUUAAAGGGAAGCUAACGCUCGUUAAUAUUCCAGGAUGAUUUAUAUAAAGCACACUGUGGGGUGGUACAUGAUCACUUUACAGGUUUCACCCUGAAAGUGGCUUCCAGUGUCAGGCAGCUACCCCUAUGCCAAGAUAAGAGCAGGCCAGAGGUUGGCUUGAGAGUUCCCUCCAAAUUACUCUGUGUUGGCUGCAUUUGGGGAUGGAGUAUCAAGAGCUGUGGAGUAGAUGGGCUACUGCACUCUAGAUAAAUAGAGAGUUGCAAUAAAUAUGCAAUAAAAUCAUUUGGCUCUGGCAUGCUAGCAGAUCCCUUAAGGACUCUACAGGAGGCUCAGUCUCAUGAUCUGCCUGUGUAAGAACACAGAGGUAGCUUGUGGCAGAUGUAACCACAAAGAUGGAUAUUGUAAGUUGCAGGCCUAGGGAUCCUUCCCUGAAGAAGUCUAAAAAGGCCCAUGUUCAGGCAUUAUACUUCGAGUGGACCAGAGAUGAGUCACUGGACGAUGACAAACUUGUUAAGGCAAACACCAAUGUCCUGUGCUGUAUGAAAGGAUGUGAUGUUGCCAAGGAAGUUGAGGAAAGCUUCCCAG